AACACACCCUAGACACCUACACAGGGUCUGAAAUCGUUGCAUUUACCAUUAAUGGACACGUUUUGUGGUCAUUGGCUCGUGCCAGGCCUCCCAGUGAGAUGGCUUAUAAUAUAUUUACACUGAUGACUGCCCAGGUGGAAAUCAUUAGAGGGAGCUCAGUUUCAACUCUGCAGAUGUUUCUCACCCUUGAAGUGCUUGCUCUCUCUUGACUAAUACUCCGGUGAGCCCACGGACACAAUGAUUGUCACAGUAAGAUAUGUCAAGAAGAAGUACAGGGAGCGCAAGGAGCGCAAGGAGCGCAUGGAAGGAGGAGCGACUCCAGGCGAAGAUGAGCGACCUGGGGCUUCCAGUUCUCCAGUCGGCGAGGUAGUGGCCAAAAAGGAGGAAUCCCCCGAAGCGAUUGCUGAGAAGAAGAGGAUGUGGAAAUACCGAUGGAAGAUCCUGUUCGGCCUCGUUGCCCCUUUUGCCCUCCAGUCCCUAGACACCACCAUAAUCGCAUCUGCUCUGCCCUUCAUUGCCCAGGAUUUCAACCAGAUCUCACAGCUGAACUGGAUCAUCUCUGUCUUCAACCUGACCUCGGCCGCCUUCCUGCCUUUCUGGGCGCAGAUCGCCGACAUCUUCGGCCGCCACGCCACCAUGCAGGCCACCAUCAUCAUCAUGGCCGUGGGCUCGGCCGUCUGCACGGGCGCGCCGACCGACAAGUUCGCCGUGCUGCUCCUCGGGCGCGCCCUACAGGGCAUCGGCGCCGCGGGCGUCAACAUCAGCGUGCGCAUUAUCCUGGCGGACCGCGUCUCGCUGAGCGACUACGCCCUCAACUGGACGCUCUUCGCCCUGAUCUCGGCCGCCGCCUUCAGCGUGGGGCCCGUCAUCGGCGGCUACCUGACCCAGGCCAGCUGGCGCUGGUGCUUCGCCAUCAACCUGCCCGUCGCCGCCGUCGCCGUCGUCCUCGCCGUCGUCCUGCUGCGCAAGGAGCUCCUCGGGCCCCAGCCCCUGCCCGAGCUGGAGGCCCACGACAGCCGCAGCCUCGAGAGCCGGCGCGUGCGCUUCCUGAUCCGCCUCGGCACCAUCGACUACGUCGGCCAGUUCCUCUUCCUCUUCGGCCUCGGCCUGCUGAUCCUCGCGUUUACCUGGGCGGGCGGCACAUAUGCCUGGGACACCGCCUACGUUCUGGCUCCUCUUGUCAUCGGAGCUGUUCUGGCUGUUUUCUGGGUGGUGUACGAGUACCUGAUGGCACCACCGCACGUCAUGUCCAAGGUCUUCCCCUCUCAGAGGCCCAUGAUGCCGUGGGAAUUGCUAUCGCAGCGAGAUAUUGGGUUGUUGUUCUUCAUCAACUUUGGCGUUGGAAUGGCUAUGUUUGCUGUGAUGUAUUUCAUGGACUUAUACUUUGCGUUGGUGGAGGGGAAAAGCCCUAGCAAGGCUGGUGUUGCGUUGCUAUUUUUCCUGCCUGGUCUUGGAGCGGGUGCCUACAUGGCCAUGUUCCUUUCCAACGUCUGGCCACGACAGACCCUCCCGGCCCUCCUCCUGGGCAGCGUCACGUCCGCCGUCGGGAUCAGCGUGCUCGCGUGGGCGACGCACAAGGGCGAGACGGCCAUCAUCUACGGCAUGAUGGCGCUGACGGGCCACGGCGUCGGCAUCCGGAUGAACCCGGGGGCCCUGCACGGGCUGGCCUACUUCCCCGCCAUGACGGCGCCCAUCACCUGCCUGGUGGGCUUCGCGGUGCCCUUUGGCGGCUCCGUGUCGCUCACGCUCAUGUCCACCGUCUUCAACAACAAGAGCGGCCCGGGCCAUGAGGACCCCCGGAGCGGCAUCAUGUGGGCGUUCGUCGCCCUCAUACCCUUCAUGUGGCUGUGCGUCGUGGUGACGACCUUCCUGGGCAAUGUCUGGCUCAAGGAGAACGGCGGCCACGAGGUUGUCAAUGGGGCGUAUCUGUGGAGCUUCGUGACGCGCAAGAAGCUGGAGAGGGAGAGCAGGGUGCGCGGUGAAUUCGCACAGCGCACGGAGCAGGAGAACGAUGCUGAGAAGAAGAUUGAGGGGGUUGUCAGUCAGAAGCAGGGUGACGAGGCUGCUUAGCUACGUUGGCAUAAAGUCUAGGGAGGAGGAAUAGGGGGCGAUAUAAGUUGAGGAUGGGAUGUGGGAGCGACCUGCAAUCUAAUUUGAUAUUCGAUAAUAUGUACAAGGAUAGGAGCAGGGAGAAGGAAAGGGGGGAGACGGGGCGGCUUAAGUAUUGUUUACAUUUCCCCUAAAAUAGACUUUACCCCCCCUACCAGUCUACCAGUACCUGACGUUAAGGUUGCGGCUGACUGCUAAGAACCUUGGCGAUGGAGACAAUCCUGCAAUAAAUAAGCCCAUGAAAUGG